AUGAGUGUAGACAGCCUGCUGCUGCAGAUGGGGGGAGGAGAGGAGCAUAUUCUUGGCAUCUCUGUCUUUUCUCUCAUGCUGCUACCUCUGGCGUUGUCUUGUGACAGCAACAGGACUAUGAGAGAGAUCGCUGAGGACUACGGGAAUGUCAUCUCCCCGCUCCUUCAGAACCUUGAGAACAACAUCACUGAAUCAUUAAAAGUGAUUAAUAAAACCUGCACGGAGAAGGAAAUCCCUGAAUGUGAGAAGGAUAAAGAGAGAGAGUUUAUCCACAACCUGCUGUGUAGCCAUAGCAGACUCAUCAGGCUCUAUAAACUAGAGAGGCUCAAGAGAGACAUCCUGUGCUCACUGGGCCGCCACUGUCCUAGAAAACAGAGGAGUCCACAAGGACAGAGCGCACACCAUCAGCAUCAGAAGAGAAAGAAGAAGCCAGGAGGAGAAGGGGAGGAGGAAAAUGAGAAAACUGAGGAGAACAGAGGGACCACUGAGGGAGGAGGGGAGAGGGUGGACAGUGGGAAACAGCAGGGACGAGAGAAAGGGGAGGGAAGCAGGAGCACAGAGGCCAUGGAGCGGAGGAGGAGACGGUGUGGACUGAAGGUGUUUGUGGACAGCCUGAAGGAGUGCUACAUGUCCCUGGCUGAAAGACAUGGAGACCUGACAUGAGAGGAGAGGAGAGACGCAGCCCGGAGCUAAUCGUACCAAGAACCAACAAACUUACUGUAAAGUGUGUACAGUUACGGUAAAAAAAAAAUAAUUAUACUAUAUGUCCUGUAAAGUAGUAUUGUCUUGCCUAACACUUACUUAGGAUAAAAGCAUCUGCUAAAUAACCAUCCUAUGGAAUUACUAUAAUAGACAUAGGGGAAAAUCUGUGUGGUACCUAACAAAGUGGGAGGUGUUCUGUUGCAAUGAUGAAACUCUUGUGUCGCAAUGGUAAGUAUGUGGCACAGUG